AUGGAGCUCAGCGUCCUCUUGCUCCUUGCUGUCCUCCUAGGCCUCUUGGUUCUCCUGUUCAGGGGCCACCCAAAGGCCCAUGGCCGCCUCCCACCAGGUCCACGUCCUCUGCCCUUCCUGGGCAACCUUCUCCAGAUGGACAGGAAAGGCCUGCUCAAAUCCAUCCUGCAGAUCCGGGAGAAAUAUGGAGAUAUCUUCACCGUGUACCUGGGGCAAAGGCCCGUGGUCAUGCUGUGUGGGACAGAGACCAUACGGGAGGCCCUUGUGAACCACGCUGAGGCUUUCUCUGGUCGGGGGACUAUUGCUGUCACAGAAGAUUUCAUCCAGGGAUACGGUCUGAUCAUGGCAAAUGGGGAACGCUGGAAGGCCCUUCGGAAAUUCUCCUUGGCCACCAUGAGGGACUUUGGGAUGGGAAAGAGGAGCGUGGAGGAGAGGAUUCAGGAUGAGGCUCAAUGUCUGGUGGAGGAGCUGCGGAAAUCCCAGGGUGGCCUCGUGGACACCUUGUUCCUCUUCCAGUCUGUCACUGCCAACAUCAUCUGCUCCAUUGUCUUUGGAAAACGCUUUGACUACAAAGAUCGCAAGUUUCUGAGGCUUCUGGACCUGAUCUAUCGGACCUUUUCUCUCCUCAGCUCCUUCUCCACCCAGGUGUUUGAGCUCUACUCCAGCAUCCUGAAACACUUUCCUGGGACACACAGGGAAAUUUGCAAAAAUUUGCAGGAAAUCAACACCUUCCUUGGCCACAGUGUGGAGGAACACCGUGAAACCCUGGACCCCAGCGCCCCCAGAGACUUCAUUGAUAGCUACCUGCUCCGCAUGGAGAAAGACAAGUCUGACCCGCACACUGAGUUCCACCACAAGAACCUCAUCAUGACCUUGCUUACACUCUUCUUUGCUGGCACAGAGACCACCAGCACAACUCUCCGCUAUGGCUUCCUGUUUUUGCUCAAAUACCCCCAUGUCGCAGAGAGAGUCCACAAGGAAAUUGAACAGGUGAUUGGCUCACAUCGUCAGCCAGCCUUGGAUGACCGAACCAAGAUGCCAUACACCGAGGCAGUCAUCUGUGAGAUUCAGAGAUUUGCGGACCUGAUACCCAUUGGUGUGCCCCACAAGGUCACCAAAGACACUCACUUCCGAGGGUUCAUCAUCCCCAAGAACACUGAAAUAUAUACAGUCCUGACCACUGCUCUCCAUGACCCAUGUUGCUUUGAAAAACCAGACACAUUCAACCCUGAUCACUUUCUGGAUGCCAAGGGGGCACUGAAGAAGAGUGAAGCUUUUAUGCCCUUCUCCAUGGGGAAGCGUAUUUGCCUUGGAGAAGGUAUCGCCCGAGCUGAAUUGUUCCUGUUCCUCACCACCAUCCUUCAGAACUUCUCCAUUUCCAGCCCAGUGGCUCCUGAGGACAUUGACCUCACACCCCAGGAAGUUGGUCUUGGCCGAGUAGCCCCAACAUACCAGAUUUGCUUUCUGCCUCGCUCAGGGGAAUGAGGAAAGUGGAACAAAGGAUUUCAGGGUCAUUCAGUGCCCUGACUCUGUAGAGAAUGGCCCCUCAUUUCCUCCCUCUGAAAAUCCUGUUGUGAGCCAGCAUUCUUUCCCCUACCUGCUUGCUACUCCAUGCAACAGUUAUUUCUGUAGGCUUCCUUCUGUACUGUCUCAGUUCUUCUAAAGUUCUAUGCUGUGUUCCUUUCACAUGUGGAUAAAGUUGUAGAAUUUGGUAAUGAAUCAAUAAUAAUGAAGCCCUUUCUUUGGUGUAAAUAAAGAAGCUGGGGGUAAAAGGAAAAAUUUGACUCAAGGACGUUCUGGAGUUCUGCCUCCCAGGCUACAUCUCAUGGUGAGAGAUUUCUCCCUUUCCCAGAGCAAGCACAGUUUGAAUUUGUCAGCUCUCUGUGCUCUAUCUUCUGUGCUAAUGGGUUCUGUGUAGGAGUGUCCCUCUCCAUAGCCCCAGGUGUUGGGUGCAUUGGUCAUACCCAUUUUAAAGACAAUAACAAAGGCCAGCUAAUGGCAUUAGCUGCCUAAGGUCACGUUGCCAGUGAGUGGAGGAUCAGAUUCAUAUUGUGGCUGUAAACCGCAACCUCCUCACUAUGGCACCACUGAAUGAAGAUUAAGUUCACCUACAUAAAAUAGAACACUCUAAAGUGUGCAA